AUAAGUAAUAACUUUAUUUUACCGGCAAAGCCGGUGGCAGCAAUGAAAAGAGGGUCUUGCGUGUGGGGCGGGUAAGGAAGACGGAAGUGAGAUGAUGCUAACCCAUGCUAUUCCGUCGUAUAAAUGCCAUGUAACCAUAAUGUCCGUAUGAGUAUAGAGACGUUCACCGUCACCGGAAGGCAGACAUGCUAACAACAGCUAGCACUAGCGGCUAAAGCAAGCUAGCCUAUUUGCAGCCCACCUCGAACGACGCCUCCAGUUCAUCCACCAGCGUGUUGCUUCCCUGGCUCCGGUUCGUCGUACCGGGGAAUCCGGUUUGGCCCGGUCCACCCGCACCGGCGACGGGAUGUGCAGUUGGCGGUUGUUGACCUGGGAACAUCCCGUUCAUAGACGACGCCAUUGCUGGACCGCCAGGAGAAACGUUCUAUGGCUUGGGAUCACUUCACCUUGGUUUCUCCUAAUAAGGUGCGGUGUUUGAUUUGCCCACAAGAGUUGGCAUAUCAUGACAACACCUCCUCCAUGAUGCGGCACCUCCGGUCCAUCCAUCAUGUUGGAACACCUCAGAUGUCAAACCAAACUUUCAAUCCUCCUCCUGCCGUGUCAAGGAAGCAACAACUUGAUGCUGCAUUGGUGGACAUGAUUGUUGUUGAUAUGCAACCAUUUUCCAUCGUGGAAGAUAAAGGUUUCAAGGCCUUUGUCAACCUUUUGGACCCCACCUACAUUAUCCCGAAUAGGAAGGCCUUGGGAAAAAAGGUGGAUGACAAAUACAAGGCUACCAAGGAGAAGGCUAUGGCUCUUGUGAGCAAGGCCUCUGCUGUUAGCCUGACAGCAGACAUGUGGACUUCCAUUCAUAUGGACGCCUACUUGGCUGUAACGUGCCACUUUAUCACUGAGGAGGUGCAGCUUUCCACAGUGGUUUUGGGGGUUCAAAAGUUUCCCCAAACCCACACUGCAGCUCACUUGGCUGAGGCCAAAGAUGUCCUCAUGGAAGAGUGGGGAAUUAAGUGGAAGGUGACAGGCCUGGUCACAGACUGUGCUCCCAAUAUGAUUGCAUGUGCCAAUUUACUACAUCUUCGGCACAUAAUGUGUUUUGCACACAUGCUGAAUUUGGUGGUAAAGCGGUCCCUUGCCCAAACCCCAGAACUAGAGGACAUCCGGAGUCGGGGGCGCAAGAUUGUUGGGCAUUUUAAGUCCAGCACCGCAGCCAAACAAAAGCUCUCUGAGAUGCAGCGACAGCUGGCCAGGCCAGAACAUAAAUUGAUUCAGGAGGUGGACACAAGGUGGAACAGUACUUUUGCCGUGUUGGAAAGGCUGUUUAAUGAAAGAGAGCCAAUGGGUGCAGCUCUGGCCAGCCUCUCUUCAGACCUUACCCCAUUCACCUCAGAGGACUACCAGGCGAUGCACCAGUGCCUGGAUGUCCUGAAGCCAUUUCACCAGGCCACAGUGGAGCUUUCUGAGGAAAAACAGGUGUCUGCCUCGAAAGUCAUACCACUAGUUAAAAUGCUAAAACAUUAUAUCUCGAGCAGAUGUGGCCAUAUCACCCACCCACUGGGUAUGAAACUGGCCACCAAUUUAAAAAAUAAUUUAAUUGAAAAGUUUGCAAUGUUGGAGAAGGUCACAGCACUUUCUAUGGCAACCUUACUAGACCCGAGGUUCAAGGAGCUGGGGUUCUGCAGCCAAGUCUGUGCCCAAACGGCCAUAGAGAGACUUAUAAGGGAGUGUGCAGGAACAAUGCAUAUCGAACUGCCUGCUCAGUCACAGCCACAGUCACCACCAAGAGCAGCCCCUUCAAAUCGACUGGAGGAUGACAGUCUUUGGCACUCCUGGACAGGCAUGUUGGUGCUCAACAACAGGUGACCAACACAACUGCCAGUGCGACAGUGGAGGUUCAGAGGUACUUAAAGGAAUCCCACAUUCCCAGAGCAGAGGACCCACUCAAGUACUGGAUCACCCACAAAGUACUUUUCCCACACCUUUACAAGCUGGCAGUAAAAUUUUUAUGCACACCAGCCUCCUCUGUGCCAUGUGAGAGGAUUUUUUCCAAGGCUGGUGAAGUCGUCAGCCAAAGACGGAACAGGCUGAAACCAGCCACAGUUGAAAAA